AUGCGUUCUGCAAUCUUUGGAAGCCUUGCAUUGAUUGGUGCCCUUGCUGGUAACGUCCUUGCUCAUGAUCAUCAUGAUGAUGAGUUUGUCGGACAAAUGCCUAUCGUUUCUGGUCCCUCUGAGCUUCCUACAGCCUUUGAUCGCCCCGUCCUGGAAAGAGAUGGCUAUGUUCCCUCCUUCUCUGGUAUCUCUACUUUUGCUCAUUUGCCAUACCUCAAGUGCUGGGAUGAAGGAAUCGUCGAGGAUUAUGACAUUGCUGUCAUGGGUGCCCCUUACGACAUUGGUGUAACAUUCAGAACUGGUGCUCGAUUUGGUCCCUCUGGUAUUCGUGAAGGAUCUAAGCGUAUUAAGGGUUACAAUACCGAAGUCGGUGUCAACACUUUCCGCUCGUGGGCCAAGAUGGUGGAUUGUGGUGAUAUUCCUUUCGAGCCUUUUGAUGCUGGUCAUGCUAUGAAGCAAAUUGAAGAUUACACCAAGUACUUGUUGCAACGUCCUCCCACUGAAGAUGGUGCCACUCCUGAAAUCCCUCGUUUGAUUACCCUUGGUGGUGAUCACACCGUCUUGUUGCCUGUCCUUCGUGCUAUGCGCUCUGCUUAUGGCAAGCCUAUCACUGUUAUCCACUUUGAUUCUCAUCUUGACACCUGGGCUCCUGAAAUCUACAAUGUCAAGGCUCCUGGCUCUCGCUUCAACCACGGCAACCCUCUUUAUCAUGCUUCCAAGGAAGGUUUGACAGCCAAUGGUACCUCCAUGCAUGUUGGUAUCCGCUCCACUUUGUACGACCACAAUGAUUUCAAGCGCGAUGAGGCUCUUGGUUUCAACAUUAUCAAGGCCAAUGAUAUCUUCAAGCUUGGUGUUGAUGGUAUUGUUGAGCGUAUGCAAGAGAUUCUCGGUCCUAAGGAUGAUUCCCUUGUUUACUUGUCCAUUGAUAUUGAUGUCAUUGAUCCCAGCAUGGCUCCUGCUACUGGUACUCCCGAGACUGGUGGUUUCUUGACUCGUGAAAUGCGUUACAUUCUCCGUGGCUUGGAAGGUUACAACAUCAUUGCUGCUGAUGUUGUUGAAGUUUCCCCACCCUUUGACACUCAAGCUCAGCUCACCUCCUUCUUGGCUGCUGAUUUGAUCUAUGAAAUCAUGUCGAUGAUGGUUAAGCGUGGUCCCUGA